GUUGGGUUCAGUGGCCCCGUCUCGUUAAAUGUGAUUUCGCCACUGUCUCUAGCUAAUUUCUUCUUUCUUUAUAAGACUAUGAUACUGUGGUACUGGAGGUAUUGGAACAGUGAAUUUGGCUGUUGAUUAAGAAUGACUUGUAUAUGUCCAUAACUUUCAAGCUUCAUCAUGACUAAAGUUUGUCUCUCAUAAUUUUUUAAAAAAAAAAAUCCAAAACAGAAAAAGUUUCAAAGGCAUGGAAACCAAAGCCAAACAUAGAAAGAAAAAAACUAAGAAAAAUUAAACACCAAAAAUAGGGAGAGGCUGACCUUCAAUAUCCCAAAUAUGGACAAAAAAAUAGCGAAAUGAGAGGAGACCCAAACAAGACCAGAAAAAGCAGGAGAAAACAUUCGUCUUACAAUGCCUAUAAAAAUGCUCUCAAACAUUUCCACAACUCGAAAUUCAAACCUCAAAACAUAAUCCAGUAACAAUAAUCAAUUAAUACCCUCCACGAAAAAACAUAAAAAUUGUAUAUGCGAGGGGUUAAACUCUUAGCCGCGUGUCUCUACCUGGCCGCAGCUGCAACGGUGGUGGUCCGAGCAGAAGACCCUUACUUCCACCAUGUAUGGAACGUGACCUAUGGAACCGCCUCUCCUCUAGGCGUUCCACAACAAGUCAUUCUAAUCAACGGCCAGUUCCCUGGUCCUAACAUCAACUCUACCUCCAACAACAAUGUCAUCAUCAAUGUCUUCAAUAACCUAGACGAACCCUUCCUCCUCACUUGGAAUGGGAUCCAACACAGGAAGAACUGUUGGCAAGAUGGGACACAAGGGACUAUGUGUCCGAUCAUGCCCGGCACCAACUACACAUACCAUUUCCAGCCUAAGGAUCAGAUCGGAAGCUAUUUCUAUUACCCGACCACUGGUAUGCACCGUGCUGCUGGUGGAUACGGUGGUCUCCGUGUCAACAGCCGUCUCCUCAUCCCAGUCCCUUAUGCUGAUCCAGAAGAUGACUACACCGUCCUCAUUGGUGACUGGUUCACUAAGAGCCACACUCAGUUAAAGAAAUUCCUAGACGGUGGUCGUACUAUUGGUCGUCCAGACGGUAUUGUCAUCAACGGAAAGUCCGGGAAAGGCGAUGGAUCCGAUGCACCUCUCUUCACCUUGAAACCUGGAAAGACUUACAGGGUUAGGAUCUGUAACGUGGGUAUCAAGACAUCUCUCAACUUUAGGAUUCAGAAUCACAAAAUGAAGCUCGUUGAAAUGGAAGGAUCUCACGUUCUUCAAAACGAUUACGACUCUUUGGACGUUCACGUUGGUCAGUGCUAUGGUACCAUCGUUGCCGCUAAUCAAGAACCUAAAGAUUACUACAUGGUUGCAUCCACUAGGUUCUUGAAGAAGGUUAUUACAACAACGGGACUUCUCCGCUACGAAGGAGGCAAAGGACCCGCCUCUUCACAGCUUCCAGCUGGUCCUGUUGGAUGGGCUUGGUCGUUGAACCAGUUCCGAUCAUUCAGGUGGAACUUGACCGCUAGUGCAGCUAGGCCUAACCCUCAGGGAUCUUACCAUUAUGGAAAGAUCAACAUCACACGCACAAUCAAGCUCGUGAACACUCAGGGCAAGAUCGAUGGUAAGCUUAGGUACGCAUUGAACGGAGUCUCCCACACAGAGCCCGAAACUCCGUUGAAGCUGGCCGAGUACUUUGGUAUUACCGACAAGGUCUUUAAGUACGAUAUCAUCACCGAUAACCCAACCCCAGAACAGAUCAAGAACAUCAAGAUCGAGCCAAACGUUCUUAACAUCACUCACCGUACCUUCGUUGAGGUGGUGUUCGAGAAUCACGAGAAGAGUGUUCAGUCUUGGCACUUGGAUGGUUACUCUUUCUUCGCCGUCGCUGUUGAGCCGGGGACUUGGACCCCAGAGAAGAGAAAGAACUACAACCUCCUUGACGCAGUGAGCAGACACACAAUCCAAGUCUACCCCAAGUGUUGGGCAGCGAUCUUGCUCACAUUUGAUAACUGUGGAAUGUGGAACAUUCGAUCUGAGAACAGCGAGAGGCGUUACUUAGGACAGCAGCUUUACGCUAGUAUCUUGUCUCCAGAGAAAUCACUUAGAGAUGAAUACAACAUGCCUGAGACUAGCCUCCAAUGUGGUCUCGUCAAAAACACACCUAAACCUGUCAACCCUUACGCUGGAGCCUAAGUUAACUUUUACAAAACAAUGCAACAAAAGAGUUUCGAUUAUUCUGUCUAUUUGAUCGAUGAGAGGCAUUUGCACGAUUUACUUUCCUGUUAUUUCAUUAUUUUUACUUUUAUCAAAUUGAUUUUUAAAUAGUAUCUGGUUUAUUCGUAUAUACGUGAAAUUGAAAUGUAUGUACGUCUAGACCUUAAGUAAUUUUGUUCUUCUUCAUUUAAAAGACGCAUUUAUCUUUCGUUUUUUGUUCCUCACUUUUGUAACACCUAUGUAAUUUUAUCUAAAAUCUUCAAUGAAAUAAGCACAUAGAUUUAUCUAA